AGCGCGUGCCCGCCCGCGCGCGAGCCCGCGCUCCGACCUCCGCCCGCGCCGGGUCUCGCGCACGGACAUGGCGGCGGCCGCGGCCGGCGGGGAGCGGGCCCGGCCGGACCCGGCGGAACAGCGGGCCGAGCUGGGGCCGCUCCUGGCCACGGCCCUCCGGCCCGGCGAGUCCUGGUACCUGGUGGAGAGCCGGUGGUUCAAGCAGUGGAAGAAGUAUGUGGGCUUCGACAGCUGGGACAUGUUCGGCGCCGGCGAUCCCAACCUCUUCCCGGGGCCCGUCGACAACGCGGGCCUGUUCCCGGGGCCCAUCGACAACUCGGGCCUGUUCGGCGAUCCACAAACUCAGAGUUUGAAAGAACACCUCAUUGAUGAGCUGGAUUACGUGCUGGUGCCCACCGAAGCCUGGAACAAACUAGUAGCGUGGUACGGCUGUAUAGACGGACAGCAGCCUAUUGUGAGGAAAGUGGUGGAGUAUGGGCUGUUUGUGAAGCACUAUAAAGUUGAGGUUUAUCUCCUGGAGCUGAAGCUGUGCGAGAGCAGCGAUCCUGACAAUGUCAUCAGCUGCCACUUCAGCAAGGCAGAUACUGUUGCUACCAUCGAGAAAGAAAUGAGAAAACUAUUCAAUAUCCCAGCUGAGAAGGAGACCAGGCUAUGGAACAGAUAUAUGAGUAACACUUAUGAGCAGCUCAGCAAGCUGGAUAGCACAGUGCAAGAUGCAGGGCUCUAUCAGGGUCAGGUUGUUUUAAUAGAAGUGAAAAAUGAAGAUGGCACGUGGCCUGGACAGCAUUGCCUGGCAAAAUCAAGCACUGCAACUAGCAGAAACUUUACUACCUCUUCAAAAUCAUCAGCAAGUUCUUAUUCCUCAGUGUCUGCCACUUCUGUCAUUACUAACGGUGAUAGCAGUAACUCCUAUGGACUGAACAGCUCCCACCUGGGCAGGGGAGGUUCUGGGUUUGUCUGUAAUUCUUACAACUGCAGGGACAGUGCUUCCCUCUCACAACCUGGACUCUGUGGACUCAGUAACCUUGGAAACACCUGCUUCAUGAAUUCUGCAUUACAGUGCCUGAGCAAUACUCCUCCUCUGACUGACUAUUUCCUGGAAGAUAAAUACGAAGCUGAAAUAAAUCAGAACAACCCUCUGGGGAUGAGGGGAGAAAUCGCAGAAGCCUAUGCAGAUCUCAUUAAACAGAUGUGGUCUGGGAGACAGUCUCACGUGGCCCCACGUAUGUUCAAAACGCAGGUUGGGCGAUUUGCUCCUCAGUUCUCAGGAUACCAGCAGCAGGAUUCCCAGGAGCUCUUGGCUUUUCUGCUGGAUGGCUUGCAUGAGGAUUUGAACCGAGUGAAGAAAAAGCCCUACUUGGAGCUGAAGGAUGCCAAUGGCAGACCUGAUUCGGAGGUGGCAAAAGAGGCAUGGGAGAAUCAUAGGCUGAGGAAUGAUUCCAUCAUUGUGGAUAUUUUUCAUGGUCUUUUCAAGUCUACCCUCGUUUGUCCCAAAUGCUCUAAAGUUUCUGUGACCUUUGAUCCCUUCUGUUACUUAACUCUCCCACUGCCCUUGAGGAGGGACCGGCUCAUGGAAGUUACCUUGGUGUAUGCAGACCCACAGCGCAGACCUGUCCAGUACCGGGUUGUGGUGCCAAUGAUGGGGGCCAUCUCGGAUCUGUGUGAAUCACUUUCCAAACUCUCUGGUGUUCCUGCAGAAAAUAUGGUGGUGACAGACGUGUAUAAUCACAGAUUCCACAAAAUCUUCCAAAUGGAUGAAGGUUUAAAUCAUAUCAUGCCAAAAGACGACAUCUUUGUGUAUGAAGUUUGCAAGCCAAGUGAGGAUGGCUCAGAGUAUGUUACUCUCUCCAUUUACUUUCGGGAAAAGACAAUGAGGCAAUCCAGCAAUACUUCAGGGACUGUGCUCUUUGGGCAGCCACUGUUAAUAUCUGUGCCCAAACACAAGCUCACUGUGGAUCACCUGUACAGUGUGGUUUUGGAGCAGAUCAGCCGCUGUGUGAAACUCCCUCUGACAGAAGAAUACUCCCCAUCCUGUCCAGACAGAGGAACCUGCAAUGGCUCUAAUGGUGUGGUUGAAGGUGACAUUGAAGAGAUGGAGCAUCAGGAUGGUGGAGAGGAAGGCAAGGAAAAGCUGACAGAAGUUGACCCCUGCCACUCUGAGGGUUGUAUGCAAGUGGAGUCAGCAAGAGACUUGCAGCCUUGCAAGAAACAGCAUUUCACUUUAAGCCUUGUAAAUUCUUCUGGGACCUCAGAGAUAAACUCCAUUGUUGAAGGAAAAAUCUUAAAACUGAAUGCUUUUUCUGCAGUUGCUAUUGACUGGGAUUCUGAGACACGGAGGCUGCUAUAUGAUGAACAGGAGGCACAGGCAUUUGAAAAACAUGGGAGCAUGCUACAACUGCAGAAGAAGAAGGCUGUUGUAGCCCUCAGAGACUGCAUAGAGCUCUUCACUACUAUGGAAACACUUGGUGAACAUGACCCGUGGUACUGCCCUAACUGUAAGAAACAUCAGCAGGCCACAAAGAAGUUUGACUUGUGGUCUUUGCCCAGAAUUUUGGUGGUACAUUUAAAACGCUUCUCGUACAGCAGAUACUGGAGGGAUAAACUUGACACGGUUGUGGAAUUCCCCAUCAGGGGUUUGAACAUGUCCGAGUUUGUCUGUGACCCAAGGGCAGGCUCAUACGUGUAUGACCUCAUUGCAGUAUCCAAUCACUAUGGAGCCAUGGGAGUGGGCCACUCACUGAACCUGAAAUUGUGACACUGGCUGACAGUAGAAUGUCUCCACCUUUGAAUUGAUAAGAACUGACAUAGGAAGAUGUCAUUUCUUCAGGAGAAAAACCCACUUGUAUACAAGUUUGGUACGUGAUGAGUCUGUGUUUUCUGUCACUGGUUUUGCUGCAGCACAGAUGAAAAGUGUCUGUAGGUGAGUUACCUGUAUCAGGUGUCCAUGCAGAUCCAUGCUCUAGGUGACACUUGUAAAACCACCCAGAAGCAAUCUACCAUGACAGGAUGAUGAACUUCUGUAGCUGAAGGGGCACGUGUUCUGAGGUUGGAAAUCACAGUCACAGAAGUCUUGGCUGGAAGAGAUUUUGAGGGACUUCUAACUUCAUUCUUGAGUGAGGAUUCUUGCAAGAACCAGAUCAGAUCCAUUAGCAGCAGAGAACUUUCCUUUCAAGUGAAAAUGCAGAGUCUUAAACUCUGUGUGUUUGGGAAAGCUCUGACUCGAGGGCAGUGAACAAAGCCCAUUACUGUUAUUCCCUAAGUUUCUUUUCCCUGUAUCUCAGCUGUCAGGACUAAGCCUGGUGUGUGGAACCUGGUCCUAGACUAGCUGGGCCAGCUGGCACGUUGUAGAUGUUCAUGUUGGUUAACUAGGCUUGGGGCAGGCAAUGCCAAAGCUGGCUCCUGGCCUCCCCUGCACACAUGGUUGGAGUCCCAGUGUCCCAGGUGGGCAUUCCCUGCUGGCCCUCCCCAGCCUGCUGAGCUGCAGUUCCUCCCUGACAGACACUGCCUAUGCCAAGAACAAGGUGAAUGGCAAGUGGUACUACUUUGACGACAGCAGCGUCUCAGUGGCUUCAGAAGACCAAAUAGUG